AUGAACCCGUACAUCUUAGCCACCCUACUAUUUGGUUUAGGCCUGGGGACCACAAUUACAUUUGCAAGCUCCCACUGACUCCUUGCCUGAAUAGGACUUGAAAUAAAUACCCUAGCCAUCAUCCCCAUUAUGGCCCACCUCCACCACCCACGGGCAGUAGAAGCCACCACCAAAUACUUUCUCACCCAAGCCACUGCAGCUGCCAUACUUCUUUUUGCUAGCACUACUAACGCUGGGCUCACAGGACAAUGAGAUAUUCAACAAAUAACCCACCCCCUCCCCGUUACUAUAAUUACCCUCGCCCUAGCACUAAAAAUUGGGCUUGCCCCCGUACACUCCUGACUUCCAGAAGUACUUCAAGGACUGGAUCUCACCACAGGCUUAAUCCUAUCAACCUGACAAAAACUUGCCCCUUUUGCCCUUCUCCUUCAAAUUUACCCCGCAAACUCAACCCUCCUUAUUAUUCUAGGCCUGCUAUCAACACUAGUGGGAGGCUGAGGGGGCCUAAACCAAACCCAGCUCCGAAAAAUCCUUGCCUAUUCCUCCAUCGCCCAUCUUGGAUGAAUAAUCCUCAUCCUACAAUUUUCCCCCUCCCUAACCCUUCUAGCUCUCCUUACAUACCUCGUCAUGACAUUCUCAACAUUCCUUGUAUUUAAACUUAAUAAAUCAACCAAUAUUAAUACCCUCGCCAUUUCUUGAGCUAAGAUACCCGCACUUACUUCUCUAACUCCCCUUAUCUUGCUGUCAUUAGGAGGCCUCCCCCCACUGACAGGCUUUAUGCCAAAAUGACUGAUUCUGCAAGAACUCACUAAACAGGAACUCCCCACCACAGCAACUUUAGCAGCACUUACCGCCCUUCUCAGCCUUUACUUCUACCUACGACUCUCCUACGCCAUAGCAUUGACUAUGCCCCCCAAUAACCUUGCUGGUGUUACACCCUGACGUCUCCCAUCUGCACAACUCACGCUUCCUCUCGCUGUUACAACCACAAUAACCCUAGCACUCCUCCCCCUUACCCCAGCCAUUACUGCAACACUCACUCUUUAA